CAGUCACACUAAGUACAUUACAGACAGAGAGGUUGUAUUCUCUGCCUCAGAUCUUUUUAUCUUAGCUGUUUCCUGAGCUUCAACAAGGGCCUUGCUCUACAGGAGUCCUGCAUAACACAUGGAUUUUUAAGCUUCCUGGAUUUCUUCAUAUAAGAAAUGGCAACAGUCACACAAAAUAAUGUGUAGCAAUAGUCGUUUAUUUCUUACUUGUAUGGUCUAUGCUCUUAAUGAUUACCAUCAUUUCUCCAUGUUCUGUAUGUUCCAGUCUAUUGUUUAUCAUUAUUUUGAGUGAUAUUGACUAUCUGCCCUCCAGUAAGCCCAAUUGGGUGAGGUAUGUACAGCUGAACAGCUGUCUUUUCUGUCUGGAUCCUCCUUUUGGGGAUCUAUAUUUGGACGUUGAAACCAAUUUGAAAGAAGAGCAGGAGACUGGGAGCAGUGGGUGAACCUUGGGAUUUGAAAAACUACAGGAAUUCUGGAUUUUAUAGGUGUUACACAGGAUGGAUAAAGCAUUAACAAGUAUUACACGUGGAAAAGCUGCCUCCACUUUAGACCACUCCAAGCUGACUAACUGGCAACAGCAGCCUGUAAAUGUAUUCCUGUCAUCUAAACGUCCUCCCUGUGUAGAGGAGCUUCAUCAAGAGGCUGAACUCAACCUACAGACUCUACUUCAAGGGGACUGUUUUGCAGAGGAAUUUGAAGAUCGUUACUUAGAUACUAAGGUUACUGGUCAGACUUUUAACUACUCUGCUCUAUCACAAUCUACAACUAUUCCACCAGAGACUCCCACAAGGAGUACAUCAAGGCGUCUUGAAUUUGUCUACCUGCCAACCAACAGAAGAGUGAGUGAAGAUGAAACAACUUCAGUAGGAGUAAGACCUCGGGAGACUUGUUUGAGUCUACCUACCACUCCAGAUAAACAAGUGGCCUGGAUUAAAGCAUUCCCAUUUCCUAUUCCAGAGGAGAGACGAUGGCAUCAGUCAAACUCCAUACAGACUAACAUUGUACCUAUAAAUGUAUCUGGAGAACUAUUUGACAAGCAUGCCAGCUCCCACCACUCACUGUUCAACACAGAGACUGCUGUGAACCCAAAGACCUCGCUAAGACGCAGAAGGACUAUAAUUGGCUUCUCUCAUCAUCAAAGCCAAGAUCAAGAACAUAAGACAUCUGCAGCUUCUGAGUCAACUCCAAAAAAGACCAUAGCAGGAAAUGUCAAUGGAAUGACAUGCAGUGAACCGCCUCCUGUUCCACCUGAGUCUCCACCUGGAAAAUCUGAGUCAUCUCAUGGGAGACAUCCAGGAGGAAGGGCAGCAACACCUCAUCCUCAGCAACUGCCAUUAAGAAAGACUUUCAGUGAUCUUGGUCAUAUAUUGCAAUCACCAAACAGUAUGGAUACAAGUAUGAUAGAUUCGAACCCUAGAUAUAAUGGAUCCAAGGACAAUGCACACUAUCAGGGAACUUCAUUCAACUAUAUGACACCAUCUAGCCCAGUAAAAAGUCAACAGGCCCAUACCACUGAAGUAGCAAAAAAUUCCACCAAAACCAUGGCAUCUACUGGAGUUUGUAAUAGUGGCUCUUUUAAAAUAAAGAAAGAGAACAUAAGGACAAAUUCAGGAAGCUCUUGUUCAUGUGCAAUACUCCCUUCACCAACUGUUGAACAAGCAAAGCCAGGGAAAUCAAAAUGUGUUUUCUAUCCUAGUCAUUCAGUCCCAAGUAACAUAACAAACUCUUCCAGCUUACCAACAUCUACCAGUGAGUGCACAUUUAGAGAAAGGUCACUGUCAAUGCCCACAGACUCUGGUUCCAUGUAUUCAGUAGAUAUAACUUACACAGAAAACAGGAGAGGAAGUGGAGACUAUGCUCUGAACUAUCCCAGUGGGAGCUCUGAGGAAAGCACAAGCACAGAAAAUGUUUCUACAAUAGCUGAGCAAGAAAAAACAGAGCGUGGAAGAUCCAGAAGUAUCUCGCUGAGAAAGCCAAAGAAAAAGCCUUCUCCUCCAGCACGUAGUAUUUCCUUGAUAAAAGACACAUCUGGUCAAAAAUUACAGUCAGUACUUACGAUGUCAAAAGAUCAAAGACCUAAAAGCCUUUGUAUUGCAUAUGAUAGUCAAUAUGAAAGUUAUCUCCUUCCAUCAAAUCCAUCAGGUAAUGUUACUAUGUCAACAUCAAGAAGCAUGCAUUUUAAUCAGAAUUGGAAUCUCAGUGAUUGCAGAUCCAAUGACUUAAAUAGGACAUUGUCAGGCUCUAGUACAGCAACAGGUACCACAGUAAUAGAGUGCAAAAGGAGAGGUGGGAGUUCAGAGUCACUUACAUCUCUAUUUUCAAGGGCCACAACUCCUUCACAAGUUUACACAGAAACAGAUUUCAAGAUGGCAUCACCUGGGAAGCCUCCAGGUUUGAUGUCCCCAUCUAGUGGUUACUCAAGUCAGUCAGAGACUCCAACUGCAGUACCAACAUCAUUAAUUUUAGGGCACUGUUCUUAUCAGACCAAUAAGAUAAGGCCCAUGGUCCCUGAAAGAAAAUCAUCCCUGCCUGCUGUUUCUCCAAUAGACAGAAGUCCUAAUAUUCGACAGUCAUUUGAUUUGCCAAUAACCCCACCCACACAUUUGGAUCUGACUGCGGUCAGACAGUCUUUGAAGAAAAAGGUUAAGGCUAGCAGAAACAAUUCUGAGUCAACUUUUGGCUCUAAAACUCAUAAUCAAAAAAACAGUCCAGUACAGCCUGUAAUGCCAAUGGUAACUCAGUCAGACCUUCGGUCAAUUCGGCUUAGAUCUGUCAGCAAAUCAGAAACAGAAGACAAUUCUGAGAUUGUAGAUCACAUUAAUGAUUUUACAGAUGAGGCUUUUCCCUUACCUGAAAAAAAACCAAAGCCACCAGUUGCGGAAAAACCUCCACUGUCAAGAAGACCUAACAGCAUGUCUUACAGAUCUACUGCAGUGACACCAGAAUCACCUGUGAUGUCGCCUUCUUCACCUGAAAGAUAUCUUAGAGAUCAAACAUCUCUUCAAGAUGCAUACAUGGUGAUUGGAACAACGCAUCUCAAAAAGAAUUAUGAUAAUACAACUCAUCUGGAAACCCCACCUUCUUUAGACCCAUCCUUAUCUUCAGAAAAUUACUUCCAAACAUCAACUUCAGAAAUGAGAAGUUUCUCACAGAGCAGUGCUGAAGAAGAUGAACUAACCAAGGGAAAACUAUUUCAAGAAAGAAUAACCCUCCAGUGCUUAACAUUUGUGGAUAAAAAGAAAGUAAAGGUCCCACCUCCUAUUCCAAAAAAGCCUAGUGGUAAACAUUUACCAGUAACUAGUCCACCUCCUCCAAGUGAAAUUUCAUCAACUGCAUUUGAACAAAGGUUAUCUCCCGUCGUUACUAUGGUUCCCGGAGCCAGUUCAUUUCCUGACAUUAUUGAGUUCCAGAAAUAUACUACAAAAGGUGUCAUUCAUGCUGCCCAGCCAGAUCUUGUAUCUGUGGACAAAUUCCCAGGAAACCACAUAGAAAUUCAAAAAGAGGAUAAAUGUGUAUCAAGCAAAACAGCAGACUCCAUCACUGAAGAUGAUGAUGAGGUGUUUGUGAGUUCACGGACCACUGAAGAUUUAUUUACAGUCAUUCACAGGUCAAAAAGGAAGUUACUAGGUUGGAAAGACUCUACAGAUUCAUUUGGCAGCAGACAAAGCUCAGUGUCACCAGUCAAGAAUUCAUUAAGCUCCAAUAGUGAUUCUUCAUAUGGAACAUUGAGUAUAAUUCGGACCUCCAGCAAAAAUGAAGACUUUAAGGCUCUUCUCCAAAGGAAGGGCAGCAAGAGCAGCCUCGGUACCCGCCCAUCUGCCGCAGAGCUUUUAAAAACUACUAAUCCUUUGGCUAGAAGAGUGAUGAAUGAGUUUGCCCCAGAAAUAGAAAAAAGUGGCAAUACAAAAACUUUGCCCUGAAGAAGAAACAAAGUAAUCUUAAAUAUGUAUGUGUAUGUAAAAUUUGCAUCUUAGUAAUUCAAACAGGGAUUUACUUACCAUUUGAAGACAUUUGGCCUUGCACAGUGCAUGAACUGAGGAGCGCUUUUAGGUAAUUUUCUUAAUGGCAUAUCUAAUUUAUAGGUUCACAAUAAAUAAAUCUGUAUCUCUCUGAAUUUAGCUAAAGUGAUCUGGAAUACUUUAAGUGGACAGUAGUUUCUAAGCCAUUUGUAAUAAUAAUGUGACAUUUAUCACAUCUCCUUCCUCAAAUGGACAGAAACAUGUGCGUGGAAACCAGAUACUGUAGUGCAAUUGCUAUGAGCUUUGUAUUUGGAGAAUUGGUAACAAACUUGAGUUAUUACUUGUUUUCUUUAUUAUAUUAAAAUAGAGUAGAGCAUAACAUGCUGAAAUUGGGUAUAUCUAUUAAGCCAAAAUCUGAAUCUAUCAAUAGUAUAUUCAAUUUACAAUGUUAUAUGAAACAAUUCCAACAUAUUUAAAAUGACUAAAGCAUCUUUUAGAAACAUUAUGGAACUGUGCAGCCAGAACAAACCAUAUUGUCCUGGCCUGGGAUCCUUCACAUAUGUGUCUCUGAAUGUAACAUUGCUCCUUUUAUAUACGGAAUUAACUUUUCAAUUGUUGUAAUCCUUAAAUGCUGGCAUGUCACACCAUGAUGGCUCACAGUGACCUUUUAAUCUAAUGCAGUAAAGGGACUAUGAGGGUCAUUUAUUAAGGCCGGCGUUUUAGACGCUGGUCUUAAUAAACCCCUGCUCUGGCAGUGGAUCCUCUGGAGUUAGUAAGAGGCCUGCGC